AUGGAAUUUUCACAAUCAUUAAAUUUCGGGAAUAGUACCUUGCUUCAACUUGAAAGAGGAAUUGAAGACGCUGGUAAGGAUAACUUGUGCGCCGCAAAUGAAAAAGAUGUUAGGGAUACUUCCGGAAACAUCGAAUCCAACUACUCUGACUUCUUCAAGAGCGACUUUUCAAUAGUCGUGCAACAUUCAGACGAUCCUCGCAAGUCUGAACAACAUAUAAAUGUCUCUCACAUUGAGGCCAUUUUAUGCAUCACGCACAAUGAAUGCGGUAGACCUAUUUCGCCAUCAAUCAUAAGGUCCCGUCUCUAUUCCGAGGGCAAAUUUGGAAAAGAGAAUGAGAAGGAAAUCUUUGCUGAGCCGGAGCCAAAUAAUCGUGCAGGAUUUGCACACGUGGAGGAUCCGCAAGCAUCCGAGCAUGUGUUUCAAUUGGAGGAUGAGGGAAAGGUGCCAGAGCAGGAGCCGAAAAAUAGUGCAGGAUUUGCACACGUGGAGGAUCAACAAGCCCUCGAGCAUGAGAAGGUACAUCAAGAACAUCCUGUUAAUGUUCUCAAUGCUCAGGUUCAGCAAGCCACGGAGAACAUGCAUGGAGACGACGAUGUCGAAAUGGUACCAGAGCCGGAGACGAAAAAUAAUGCAGGAUUUGCGAACGUGCAGGAUCAGCAAGACUCCGAGGACAUGUUUGGAGACGAAGAGGAAAGGGAGGACCUUCCAGAGCCGGAGCAAACAUUGGACGAAAGUAGUUUUUUGGCUCCAGUUCAAGAUCACCAAGCCUCGGAGCAGCUCAAGGCGGAUAUACUACGCAGUUGCAUGGUGGCCAAGCAGGGCGAAUGGCAUGAGGUAUCGAAGAUGACCCAGAAUCUGAGCAGCAUGUCGCCCAGCCAACUAAGACUAUCUCCUGAUUCCUUCAGUCAAGUGAACUACGCUUCAAGAAGAAAGUCUGUGGCUUCAGAAGUCCCUGUAGAUUUACAGUCCAUGAAAUCAAUUUCUGCGUGGAACCUGCCGCCUUCAAUUUCGUCGGUGUACAAGGAAAAAGGCGUCAUCCAGAUGUUUGACUGGCAGGUGGAGUGCCUGAGCAAGAAGAGCGUGCUCUUCGAAAAUUGUAACCUGGUCUACUCCGCACCCACAUCAGCAGGAAAGACACUAGUUAGUGAGAUUCUACUCAUAAAAACUGUCUUAGAGCGGCGCAAGAAGGUUCUUCUGAUUCUGCCUUUCAUCUCUGUGGUGCGGGAAAAGAUGUUCUACUUGCAGGAUCUCCUAACUAUGGCUGGUUACCGAGUAGAAGGUUUCUUUGGUGGCUACAACCCCCCAGGUGGCUUCGAAAAUAUUGAUGUGGCCAUCUGUACGAUCGAAAAGGCGAACUCGAUUGUAAAUAAACUCCUCGAGCAGGACAAACUCGACUCAAUCGGCACAGUGGUUGUGGACGAGGUCCACUUGAUCUCGGAUAAGGGACGUGGCUACAUCCUCGAACUUUUACUCGCGAAAAUAUUGUACAUGUCCCGGCGCAAGGGCCUCCAAAUCCAGGUGAUUACCAUGUCGGCCACCCUGGCGAAUGUGGAGCUUCUUCAGCGCUGGUUGGAUGCGGAGCUUUACAUCACCGACUACCGUCCAGUUGCCUUAAAUGAGAUGAUUAAAGUGGGGACAAAAAUAUUCGACAACCAACUAAAGUUUGUGCGCGACGUUUCCCAGCAGUUGGAGUUUCAACAGGCUUUGGGAAACGACCCUGACCAUGUGGCACAAUUAUGUAUAGAGACGGUGCUUGAAGGCUGCUCGGUAAUUGUAUUUUGUCCCUCCAAGGACUGGUGCGAGAACCUUGCCGUACAACUAGCCACUGCCAUGCAUACCCUGAUCAAAUCAGGUUCGGAUCUGGGCCGUCAACUGAGGUCUAACCUCAGUCCAGGAGACCUCGAAAAUGUGAAGCAGCAACUGAGAGAUAUUCCCACAGGCCUCGAUUCCAUUAUGUCCAAGGCUGUAACUUGUGCCUGCGCCUUCCAUCAUGCUGGACUGACUACCGAGGAGCGUGACAUCGUAGAGACCGCCUUUAAAUCAGGGGCUCUUAAAGUCCUAGUCGCCACUAGUACCCUCAGUUCUGGGGUCAACUUGCCUGCUCGUAGAGUGCUAAUCCGUUCGCCGUUGUUUGGUGGGAAACAAAUGAGUUCCCUUACCUAUCGCCAGAUGAUUGGACGAGCCGGGCGUACAGGCAAGGAUACCCUGGGCGAGUCCAUACUCAUUUGCACCGAAAGCAAUGCGCGGAUAGGGCGCGAGUUGGUCACUGCGCAGCUGCAACCGAUCUCAUCCUGCUUGGAAAUGGAUGGAAGUACGCAUCUUAAACGAGCCCUGUUAGAGGUUAUUUCAUCAGGAGUGGCUACCACCAGGCAGGACUUGGACAUAUUCGUCAAUUGCACUUUAUUAAGUGCCCAAAAAGCCAUCAAAAGUGCUGAAAAUCCAAAAGCAGAUGAGGAGCAGGAUUCAAACUACAUAAACGAUGCACUGGAAUUCCUCAUGGAAUACGAGUUUAUUCGUUUGCAGACCGACGAGGAGGCUGAGACUUCUGCAUAUGUAGCAACGCGCUUGGGAGCUGCCUGCUUAGCUUCUUCCAUGCCACCGACCGAUGGUCUUCUUCUGUUUGCAGAGUUACAGAAAUCUCGACGCUGCUUUGUGCUAGAAUCCGAGCUGCAUGCUGUAUAUUUGGUCACCCCCUAUACCGUGUGCCACCAGCUCCAGGAGCUGGAUUGGCUUAUAUACCUGGACAUGUGGGAGAAGCUGAACCCGGCCAUGAAGAAAGUGGGUGAGCUUGUAGGCGUAAAAGAAUCAUUUCUUGUUAAGGCGAUGCGAGGUCAAACCAAUCUGGACUACAAGCAAAUGCAAAUCCAUAAGAGGUUCUAUACCGCCCUGGCUCUUCAAGAGUUGGUCAACGAAACACCAAUUAAUGUUGUCGUACAUAAAUUCAAGUGCCAUCGUGGGAUGCUCCAGACACUCCAGCAAAUGGCAUCCACAUUUGCUGGAAUCGUUUCUGCAUUCUGUACGUCUCUGCAGUGGUCCACGCUUGCCUUGAUUGUGUCCGAGUUCAAGGAUCGACUUUACUUCGGCAUCCACAGCGAUUUGAUAGAUUUGAUGCGCUUGCCCGAUUUGUCACAAAAACGUGCCCGAGCUCUCUACGAUGCCGGCUUUAAGAACUUGGUGCAGCUGGCUGGCGCGGAUGUUCUACAGCUGGAGAAGGUUCUAUUUAAUUCAUUGAGUUUUGAUUCCGCCAAGCAACAUGACCACGAAAACGCGCAGGAUGCGGCCAAACGCAAUAUGGUGAGGAAUUUCUUCAUCACUGGAAAAGCGGGCAUGACAGUGGCCGAAGCUUCCAAGUUGCUCAUCAGUGAAGCGCGCCAAUUUGUCCAGUAUGAGUUUGGAGCCGGAAGCAUCAAGUGGUCACAAGAGCAAACAGCGGAAGUAGCUCCUGAGUUAGAGGACAGCGUUACUGAGGUAAACAAUCGUAAGUCCCAAGAGGAUAACCAAACUAUGCAAACCAAAUCCCCAACAAAGGCAAAAAUUAUUGAAAAGCCUGAAAAUAUUAUGGAUGUUCCUAUGCAUGAGGUGAAGAACAAUCCGCGAUCGCUACUUAAACGAAAACUUCCCAUUGAAGAUAGCAACGUAGGUUUUAUUUCGUCUCCUUGCAAACAACCAAAAGUAGCUCCAUCCAAUGAACUACUGUUGCAACCUUUCAAUAACGAACUGAACUCUAACAUCGCUGGUCUUGGACAAAUGUUGGACCAGCCUUCGACAAGCGCAGUUCUUCCACAGGUCUCUAACAUCGCUAGUCAAGGACAAAUAUUGGACCAGCCUUCGACAAGCGCAGUUCUUCCACAGGUUUCUAACACCGCUGGUCUUGGACAAAUAUUGGACCAGCCUUCGACAAGCGCAGCUAUUCUACAGGUCCCACCUGAAAAAGUUCAAAUAUUAAAUUGCCUGGAAAUAUCACCGAACAGUGCUUUAACUGAACUUCUAUAUGAUUUUCCAGUUGAUGAUAAUGUAAACGGUACGAAUAUCCUACAGCUACAAACCACAGACUUACAAACACCACAGACUUCUAUGGUUACCAAUUCAUCUGGUAAUACCAUGGAACAAGAGAACUUGGUGUCUGAAAACCCCUCCCAGUUUACAAAACCUCAGUCUGAGUCUUCAAAUACAACAGAAACCAAACCAGCUGAGUGUAGUGAGGCUCCAUCUGCCAAUGUGGUUAUUCAGGACAUGCCAGUUGAAAGCCCUGCAGAGAUUUUAAAAAAGCAAGUUGAGCAACGCAAAAGAAUCGCACAAAUGAAGAUGAACAAGAAACUGGAAGAAAUGAAAAGUCAGCAGCAACCUGCUGUCGCUAGUACAGUGACUUUAAUGAACACCCAUCCGAAGCAAGGAUUAGAUAAACCCAUUCCCCAGAAGGUUCCGCAAAUUGUACAAUCCAACGCCCAAGUCGAUACUGGCAAUGUUCCUUUGAAGUCUCCUCCAUCAUCUUCUAGUGGAAGUUCCGAAAGUACCAGUACAUCAUCUGAAACGUCGAAUGGUCCGAAUAGAGUUUCCAACGCCCAAGUCGAUACUGGCAAUGUUCCUUUGAAGUCUCAUCCAUCAUCUUCUAGUGGAAGUUCGGAAAGUACCAGUACAUCAUCUGAAACGUCGGAUGGUCCGAAUAGAGUUUCUGUGAUUGAAAAGGAUCUCUUUGAGGGUGAUGAUUCCUUUAUGAUGACCUCUAGCAUAAACGCAGCUCUAACGGCAGCAGAAAGGAAGCCUCAAGCAGGAGGGCAUUCGGAUACUGAGGAGAUUCCCAACUCUCAGCCGAAAGAACCAGAAACUGUCGCUCCAUUGACUCCCCACGCUUCAAGGCUUAUUAGGUCAAACACACUGCGAUCACAGCGCCUUCAAAGUCCCAGAUCUGUAACAUCACGUUCAUCGGAAAGUUCCGAGGGAUCUAAAACAUCAAGUUCAUCGGGAAGUUCCGAGGGCUCUCAAAGUUCCAGAUCUAGAACAUCAAGUACAUCGACAAGUUCCGAGGACGCAGUGGGAGCGGAACGUAAUUCCACAAAUUCCGGAGUAGAACUCUCCAAUGUUAGUGUGGAAAAUUCUCUGUUCAAGAAUCCCAUGGAGUUGAAUACCUCCUAUGUUUUAUCAUGCCCCACAAGCCACAACGAUUCCACGAGUUUAACUUCAAUUUUUGUAUCAGAUGUGUGCGAAAGUCUUCAGAUGUUUGAAAUUGCGUUGAAGAAACUUUCGGAGGCUACUGUUUGUGGACUGAGCGUGGGAAUAACGGAUCAUGAGGGAACUCCAAAACCACUUAUUGGUGGAAAGUUGAUGAACCAAAUAGGUGAAGUUGGAGUGGCAACCCCCAAAUUUGUUUUCCAAGUAAACGACACCACAUACCUUGAAUGCUUAUCCUUUUGCUUGGAUGGCCAGGAUGGCCAUUAUGUAAUCCAUUUCAAAAUGCAGGAAACCGAAGGCGGGGUGCCUUCAAGCUUAAAACUGCGGGAGGUUUGUAAGAUUUUUGCCCGUGACGAUCUUACUCUGAUAAUGCACAAGACAAAGAAUCAGUUGAAGGCGCUACUCAAGGCGAUUCCUGAAUUAAAGAAUAUCGCUGUCAAGUUUGAGGAUCCGGACGUGGCCAAUUGGUUGCUGCAACCGGACAAAGACUCCAAUUUUCGAAAUAUGUGCCAGCAAUAUGCUCCGGAGUGCUUAAAACUGCUCGAUCUCUGUGGCAGCGGCCGUUUCUUCAGCAGCUACGGUCUCAACACCUCCAGUGAAGUACCAGUCCAUGUCAGAACUCAAGUCGAAGCCUAUGUCUCGGUUCACGUACGCAAAGGACAAACAAAGAUCCUAGAAGACCAUCAACUCAUGAAAGUAUUCAGAGAUAAUGAAAUGCCAUUACACCUGAUACUGGCCCGGAUGGAAGUUGUGGGAUUUCCGGUUAAGGAGCAUCGCCUCAAGCACCUAUAUCGUCAAAUUAUGAAUGCUUCAUCAGAUAUUUAUAAUAAGAUCAUGCAUAUAAAUGGCUCUAAUUUCAAUAUUAACUCAUCCGUCGAAGUUGCCAGGGUCCUAGGCAUACACCGAAAACCAACAGGACGCGUGAGCACAUCCCGUCAAGUCUUAGAAAGAAUAGAAGCACCUAUUGCAAAAUAUAUAUCUCAACACCGAAAGCUGACUAUGCUGGUGCUUAAAAAUGUGCAGCCGAUGAUGAAAUCCAUGCAAAAUAACAGGAUUCAUGGACACAGCAUUACGAACACGGCAACGGGACGGAUUUCGAUGGCAGAACCCAACCUACAAAACGUUGCCAAAGACUUUGUAGUGGAUGUAAAGAAACAGCAAAUGCUUUUAUCGUGCCGAUCCGCAUUCAUGCCUACGGAUUCUACACGUUGCCUGAUAUCUGCGGACUUUUGUCAGCUGGAGAUGCGAAUUUUGGCGCACAUGUCGCAAGACAAGGCCCUUCUAGCGGCAAUUAAUUCACCAAGUGAUAUCUUUGUCUCGAUAUCUGCGCACUGGCAUAAAAUGGACGAGUCUGAGGUGUCUGACCAACUACGUGAAGGAACAAAAAAAAUUUGCUAUGGCAUAAUUUACGGUAUGAGUAAGAAAACGCUAGCGAAUGAACUGGAUGUUACGGAUCAAGAGGCCAACGGUCUUGUGGAGCAGUUUUUCAAUUAUUACCCAGACAUUAGGACAUACACUGAGAAACUGCUAAUAUACGCUCGCAGAAAGGGCUAUGUGGAGACUAUCACUGGACGACGUCGUUAUCUAGAGAACAUUUGCAGUGAAGACAAAGUAUUACGACAAAAAGCCGAACGCCAGGCAGUCAACUCCGCCAUUCAGGGCUCUGCUGCGGACAUAGUAAAAUCGGCCAUAAUAAAAACUGUCAAGCAUUUGGGCCGCCAUUGCCGGAAACUUCAUAUUGAUGACGAUUCAAUUAAUUUUGUUCUCCACAUUCACGACGAGUUGAUGUAUGAAGUGCCUGCCGACAAAGCAAAAAAAAUUGCCAAAUUAAUCAAAGUAGUGAUUGAAAGUGGCACCCGCCUGUCGGUUCCACUUAAGGUGAAGCUAAAGAUGGGAAGCUGUUGGGGAAACCUUACAGAAAUCCAGGUCUAAUAAGUCUGAUAAGUCUUUUUUGAGUGAUCCAGCUGGACUGACACUUGAAGAUGUACCAUGUUAUUUAGUACAUAUACAGAUAUAAGACAUAAAAAAAGAGUAAAACCAAAGAUUGGAC